AAUUCAGACAUGGUGCACAUGUUCCAUAAACUUAGUAAUUAAAAUGUGCCAUCUGCCAUGCGCCUACCUAAAAUCUUAUAAAAUGACCUGACUAAAUUUUGAAGACAUAUCUUUUUUUAUAUUAUUAUUAUUGUAUUAUUAUCUCAGAUCACCUAUGUCAAUGGUUUGUUUAAGUGGUGUUUAAUGGUUGUUAAAGAACUGCAUGUUGUGUGCAGAAUAAAAUAUUUACAAGAUACCAAGAAAACUUGAAAUGUUUUUAGGGUAGUCAUUCUUGUGGCAGCACGUUGUUAUGUUACAUGCUCACUUACAAGUGAGGCAAUUUUGAAAUUAUCAAAACUGUCACAAAGCAAGAAACUUUUAAAAUUUCUAUUCUGGAAGCCAUGUUUGUGGACAGGUUAGGCUCUUUGUGUUCACGAUUUUGAAGGGAAGUUUUAAGGAAAGCUAAGCAUCUAUUUUUGAUUUGUAAAGUACAUACCUAACUACCUGAUUACCUUCCCUGGUGCUUUAUUCUCACAAAAUCAAAACACAUCAUUCUUUAAAACUUAAACUGCUUUUCCAAAAUUGAUUUUUUGUUUUUUAUUUUUACUUAACUUAAUUUUUAAGCAAAUAUCAAAAUGGCUGGUGUGUAUGGAGAAUUUGAUGCACCUUCCCCUGCUCCCAAGUCAUAUUGUUCUCGUAUUUCCACGCUGGAGUUUGAGAGACAAAGUAGCGUUCAAACAGAAAAUGCAUUAAAAGAAUUGUUGGAUUACUUGGAGGAUAAUCCGACCGCAUUUUACGACGUUGUUGCGAAACGAAAAAAGGAUGAGGUUGAAAAUAAUAAUGGUUUUUUUGGAUUUCUUAAGUUUCAAAUGAUGUCAUGGUUGUAUAGUCAAGAAAAGCUGGGUGCCUUAACAUCUAGGGAGGCUAAGGAAAAGUUUUUAGAAUUUAAAGAAAAUGUUAUUAAGUCAUAUGAUUAUGGUCAAGAGGCCAAAGGAUCUGUGCGAAGAUUUUCACGAAGGGUUGCCGAAAGAAAAUGGAGACAAGUGGCAGCUGAUCAAAACCAACAUUAUGUCAAGAAAAGACAGUCGUGUGUUGAGCAACAUGAAACAAUGUUUCCUAUUCCGCCUUCGCUUAAUCACGGUGGCAAUUCACUAUCGAUACCACCCACCGCGCCACCACCGCCUCCACCCCCAUUACCUUCAAGCACUAUGUUACAUGACACAAAGUUUAAAAUAAAUAAGAAUCAACUUGAUAACGAGAAAGAAAAUGUAACACAAUUGAACACAAAUCAGAUAUUUGAACAACGGAAGCACUUAAAAUCAACAACUGUUUCUAAUAAAGAAAAAACAAACAAGGAUGGAUGUGAUUUUACUAAAAUGAUGGAAUUUUUAAAAAAUCCAAACACCAGGAAAGUUUUAAAACCAAUCUCACAGAACAGCGAUCCUUUUAUAACUCCCGCGCAAGUUCAUAAGAAGCGAAAGGCAGCAGAAAGGGAUAACGAGACCUGCACUAUGUUCAACCAAGAACUCAUUCAGAAAUUUAAGCUGGCUCAAGGUAGUCCGCUGGUGGAAUCACCACAGUCAGGAAGAGAGUUUACGCCAUAAACAGUGCCGUUUGUUUCUAGUUUGAACUGAAACUUUUAGUAGGACGGGUAGUGAAAUAUAGAUUUAUUUAUGGUAGAGAUUGCAUCAAACUCACGACACAGUGGCAUCACCUUCUAACCCUCAUUGUGUAAACUAGCUUGAAAACUAUUUAAGAACAAUAUAGAAGAUUUGAACGAAGAAAUUGCUACUAAACGUAAGCCCGUCAGGGUCAGAAAGUCCAGUAGAUGAACUAGAAACUUAAACGAAUAAAACUUAUAUUUCGGUGUGAUACUAAGAAACUGUUCGAAUAUACAGUAAAACCUCUAUAACUCGACUUUCUGGUACUUGAAUUAACUCGAACGGUUCUUCUGGCACGGUUUUUAUUUCCAAAUAAAUUCUUGUAAUUCUCGAUUACUCGAACCCCUAUAACUCGAACACUUUCUUAAUUAGAACAAUUAAUUUUGUACCAUGAAAUAUUUUCUCUCCAUAACUCUAACAUUAUUUGUAUCGGAAGCCUUACAUGAUUCGAAUGUCAAGUCGAACGACUCAAUUGCGUUACAUUUCGUUUAUCGAAUAUAUUGAUAAUCUACGUUUUGAAACUUAGCAAUCAUGCCAUCCGUUGCUACUGAAAACAAAUGAUACAAAAUAAAUUAUAACAACAUAGAAUCACGCUGAACUGACUAUAUAUGAAAAAGUUAACCCCCGUGCAUGCUCGAGUUUUAGAGAGUCGACUGUACUUGUAUUAUAACUGUUUUUAAUAUUUUAUGUUACACUUUUAAUUUAAACACAAGUAGCCGUUUUCUGUUUUCACCUGAUUUGAAGAUUUUCGACGGCGUAAUAUUUGAUAAAUAUUUUGCUGUUGUGUUUCCAAGUUGGAGAAAACACCUCAAGUUUAACCUGUGUGCUGUGAAAGUAACCCGGGGCUUUAACAUCAUAUGUAAAUGAUAUUAUUUUUUCUCAGGUAUAUACGCGUAAUUGGAAUUUUAAUUUUUAGAUCGUUUAAUUUUAGAAUAGAAUUUUUACAGAUA